AUGUGGACGCCGAAGAAAGUAGGUCGUGAGCUGGACAGGUUGAUAUCAUUCCGCAAGGUUCUGGACUCAAUGACUGAGACUCAGGUUGAAUGGACUCCCUAUAAUUGUGGAGCUGCUGCGUUGCUGCAUGAGCACCCACGCACCACAGUCAUCGGGGGUAUCACCUGCUUUGAUGUUGUGGAGGUGUAUUUGCCGGAGCGGGCAUUGCGACAGAUUGGGUUCGUGCAGUCUAUUCCUCCAGCUCCUAUGAGACCAGCCAAGGCUCUUCGACCGGCACACGGAACCUACUCCGUGACCUUUCCUUCUUCUGCUGCUGCAUUUGUGGAGGCGUGGAGUAGGUUCCCCUACAGUGGCCGCCUUGUUGAGCAGGGACUUCGACGGGCUACUGUUCCUUCAGAGACUGAACCUAAUUACGUUGAAUGGUUCAGAGUUUGCUCGCACCCGUACAUAUCCCGAGACGAAUUGCUGGCUUCCGGUCCUGGUCCUGGUCAGAGCAGAUCUGAUUACUUCGCGAAAGAAUGGGCCAGUCGAUUCUCUCCAGUGGCAAGACUACCUACGCGGCUUGCGGAUUUGAACUCCCGUCAAAGACAUGCGUUAGAAAUAUACCUUAAUGAUUGUAGAGAAUUAUAUGAUCAAUGGCAUACUGAAUAG